CGGUUAACAAUUGUUCAGUUUCCCUGCUAACGUCUGAUUCCAUUUCAAACGUUUGCGGUCAAAAUAAGAAUAUUGAAAAACUGUAAUACUAACGGUCAACCACACAUAUUCAACAUGUACAAAAUCGUAUUUCUCGUGGCAGUGUUCGCCUUUGCGAUUCAAGGAGCAUUCAGCGUCCCCGCGACCGACAGUAGCAUGGUAAAUAUUGCGAUAUUAUCAUUAUAUCAUUAAAUUGUUCCCAAUUCUGUAUUCAACCAAGAAUCUGGUUAAAAAUUUAGUGUGCAUUUUUCGAAAAAAAAAAAAAAUGUAAUAAAAAAUAAUGUAAAAUGUAAAAUGUAAAAAAAAAUGUAUAGUUGGUUUUCAAGAACGGUUUUUUUUAAUUUUUCGGAUAGUUUUUUAUAUGACUGGGGAAACUAGAGAAAUUGAUGUUUNGUAUUUUUUGGAUAACUAAAUAUUAAAAAAUCAAGAGUUAAUAAAAAAAAAAUAGGUUUUUUUUUUUGUUUGAUAUCGAGCUGUAUAUUGAACAAAAUACAAAAUCCCCAUGAUAUUUUUUUUAAAAACUGUAUUGAGCAAGUUUUAUGUACUCUGCGUAAGCUUUGUUUUUGCACGUUACCCGGUAUACUAUGACUGAGACAGCUAGUAGAUGCGGGAAUGAAUUGAUCUGAGUAUUAAAUAUUUUUUUUCAAGACCUUUUGCUAUCAAAAAAUAAAUGUGGUAAAUUUCUUUCUGCUUGUAGUUGGCGAAAUGUCGUAAACUAAAAAUUUAUUGCAAAUACCUACCCAUCGCAGUGGAUUUAGAUGGUGCACCGGCCGCUAUCGAUGAACAAUCCGCGGGUCAAGAUAUCGAGCUUCCUUUAAAUGCUGAACCGGCCGCUAUCGAUGAACAAUCGGCGGGACAAGAUAUCGAUCUGCCUUUAAAAGCUACACCGGCUGCUAUCGAAAAACAAACGGCGGGACAAGAUAUCGAGCUUCCUUUAAAUGCUGAUCCAGCCGUUAUUCAAGAACAAACGGCGGGAAAAGCGAUCGAAAUCCCUGUAUAAAUGAACCAAAACACAAAAUUAUUUUAUACGCAUUUUAAUUAUCUAUCAUAUAUAAUUAUAUAUCAUUUAUAUAUCAGUGGUCAGCAACCUUUUUAGACUCCCGGGCCACAUUCAUAAAUUUAAAAAAGUUCGCGGGCCAGACAAAAAUAAAAAUUUUGUAUUCCAAAUUAUUUACUAAGAAAAAAAAUAACUGUUUAAAACUUUAAAAUAAUAGAUUAAUACAACAUAAAAGUAAAAUAACAGUUUUUAAUAACAUAAUUAUAUUAUAAAAGUAUGGAAAUUACAAUUGCUUAAUAGGCUUAAUGUGAUUUUUGAACAAUAUUCAACAAUGAUAUAGAUUCUAUAUCAUAAAUGUGCUAAUUUUUAUUAUUAUAUAUAAUAUUUGUCCUUUUUAAGUCGACAAUAUAAUAUUAUUCGUAUAGUUAAUAUUUUAUUCAUUUUUUUUUUUUUUUCAGAAACAUCAAAACACUUGCGACUAAUAAUUUUCCAUAACAAUCUUUAUUAUAAAUAUAGU